ACUACUUGUGAGCACGGAGCCCGUCCUGGAGCUUAGCCCCGGGUCUCCACAUCUCUGCGCCGUGACAGGAUUACCGCGGCCGCUCUGACACACCAAACACACGGGCUGAACGCGGAUGAGUUACUGGGCUGAAGGGAGGCUUCGGAAAGUGCAGCUUCGUUAAGUGGAUAAACUUUUGGAUGAAGAGUGUGCGCGUCUGUUUUCGCUGUGGGUGAAUGUAAACCGAUCCCGCUUGGGUCUAACUAUGGUCCGGGGACUGUCUGCGGGAUUUCCACGGAGUUAUGGAGCAGCUUCUCAAACUUGUGCGCUGAUUGUGAUCGCUCUCGCGGCGCACUGAGCGCUGGCUGCAUGUAGCAGCAGAGCGGGCUCCUGGAGCUCUGUAACGCCGCAUAUGCGUGACUCUGUGGGCUCUGUCUAAUGCUGUGGGACACCCAUCACACUGCGAGCCCCCACGGCGCGAUCUGUGCGCGCCGUGCACACAGGCAGAGCGUGGGGCGACGGGUCUAAUCCAUGUGGAGGACUGUGUAGGUUGUCUAUGUUCAAGACGAAACGUGCGUCUCUUGUACGGCGACUCUGGAGAAGCCGUGUGGUCAGCGAGAGCGGCGCGCGGGAUGGAGCCUCGCAGGCUGAUGGCACGCGCGGCGGACCGUGUGCAGAGCGGCGGCCGGUGACCCACGCGGAACCGGGGGAUAUGACGGAGAGCGGCGACAGGGACGAAGAGGAGCAAGAAGACGACCGAGGUGCCAUGUGCGUCCAGCGACGGGUGACGUGCUGUCUGCUGGGGGACUGCUGCCUGCGGACGGCCACACAGGACGAGGCCGGAGCGGAGUGCGCUGAGCAGGGGCUGGCUGGCGCCACACACGCGUUUCUCAAAAGGCUCACGGAGCAGAGUCUGGACACCUUACUGCGGGCCGUGGAGAGCAGAGGGGGCGCGCCCGGAGAGUGCGUGCUGGUGCCCGGCCUGGACCUUCGGCUGGGGCCGCAGCUCGGCUCCCCGCAGUUUGUUACGUGCAGGACGUUCAGGUGGAGGGACCUGCAGCCUUCAGAGCGGCUCAAAGCGCUGUGCUUCUGCCAGAGCCACGGGCACGCGCAUGGCACCAAGGUGUGCUGCAACCCGUACCACUACAGCCGCGUGUGCGCGCCAGACUCUCCUCCUCCCCCGUACUCGCUGUCCCAUUCACAAGAACACAAGGCUGCACUGGACGCCCAAACGGUACCCGCUCCCCUCUCUGGACCCCUCUCCGGACCCCCGCCCACACCCACAGACUGCACAGACACUGGCACCUCGGUGGGCUCUUCCACGGGCAGCCUGCGCUCUCACUGGUGCAGCGUGGCGUACUGGGAGCAGCGCACUCGUGUGGGGCGUCUGUACCCGGCCCAUGACCCCGCUCUCAGUAUCUUCUACCACCUACCUCAGGGCACGGGGCUGUGCCUGGGCCAGCUCCACGCCAACGCCUACCACAGCCGGCGCGGGGAACCAGGGGGCCCUCAGCACCCGACAGGAGGAGGGGCCGGGGCCGCGCAGCAGAGCCGCAAGAAGAUCGGCUUCGGGAUCCUCCUGAGCCGCGAGGAGGACGGAGUGUGGGUGUACAACCGCAGUCAGCACCCCAUCUUUGUACACUCACCCACCCUGGAGGCCCCGGGCACCCGCGGACUCACCGUGGAGCGGGUGCUGCCCGGGUACUCCCUCAGGGUGUUUGACUAUGAGCGCUCCAGCUGGAUGGCACAGCAUGGGGUCAAACCUGACGUCCAGGAGGGCCCUUGGGACCCACACAGUAUCCGCAUCAGCUUUGGGAAAGGCUGGGGCCCCUGCUACUCCAGACAGUUCAUCACCUCGUGCCCCUGCUGGCUGGAGGUGCUGCUCAACAAUCACAGAUAGCACCCACUCAGCCUCCGCACAGCCUUGUUUUCACUGGACUGCAGCACAGGGGCGGGGCCACUCACAAAGGGGUGGGGCCUCUCACACGGGUAGAUCACAGAUCGACAGGUAUUCUGCAUCUGCACCACAGGACUCCCCCCUCAGCCUCUUUUAAGCUCAGUCAGUUCAUCUCCAGCUUGUGAGUGAGCAGAGCGUUUCAGAGCAGCUCUGAUCCCACUGUGUCCAUGACAGAUCGUUAUAGGAUUGGUUUUGUUCAUGUGGAUCUUCUUGGAAAAAAUGAUGAUCCACACUGUGAGGUCACUGAGAGGCACAUGCUCCUCCUCCUCCUCCUGCUUUAGGUUUUUUGUAAAAUUUAAAUAUGAGUAAAUUUGACUGUAAACACUGAGUCCAGAGAGUUCAGUGGUCCUUGUCUGUACCUGAACCAAACCACGCCAUGAGCACCUGUACUAUGCAACCCACUGACAACAAGGCUCCGUAUGUACCCAGAUUUAAUAUAAAGUUUCUAUUAUAUAAAGUAUAUUAUACAUGUAAAUACUUGAGUCCUUUUUACAAUGCAAUUAUUUAUGUCUAGUGUCAUGUGUGUAUGGACAGAACACCCACAAGCACUUUGGUUCCAUAUGCAUCAGGAUGGACAAAGAACAUCCACCAAUCAAAGGGUCUCACUCAGCAAUUCCAUGAAAACG